CAGCCUCAGAGCUGCUCAGCUGACAAUUUACCGCUACACUUUGUCAAAACUCUGCGGGGUAAAUUUGACUCCACACUGGUUUAGAGGUUUUGUAACGAAGACGGGGUCUGCAGACCGUUUUACCUGAGAAAACACGAGAGACAUUAGAGAGAGCUGCACGAGCUGGAAACCAUGAGUCACCUCAACCCAGGGUAAGUCCUCCUAAUUGUUUUUAUCUAAAGCUAAAGAGGGGCAACGAGAGAAACCUGUUUCAAUUAAACCUAACAUUGUAAAAAAACGAUAUAAGCUGCUCACAUUUGUGGUUUUCCAAUCGCCAACUGUCACCAUUGUAAUGUAGUUACUUAUAAACAUGAUAUUAUUCAUAUACAAGUUAAAAAAAACAGAACUUUAUUAAAUACGGACGCUUAACCAGAUUACAACUUUAAACAGUUUAUACAGAUUUCUAAGAAAUUUAUAGGCUAUGAAACCAAAGGGUCCUAAUACAGUAGUCCUUUAUUCCUUUUGUAUCAUAUUUGAUACAUACUUUUAUGAUGCUUCUAUCACAUCAAUAUGAUCAACAAAUUACUAAAAAAAAACACCUUAAUACAGUACAAUAAAUAAUAAAAAUGUCCUCUUUUGGUUUAUCAGUUACCAAAAACAUCUUAUGUAUCAAACAAGAUAAAUAAAUAUAUUUGUUAAAUUUUAAGGUCAUUUUGAUUUUUUUGUUUUUCAGUAAUAAGUGAAAUAAACAUUUCAGUUCCCCAAAAAUUAUAAUUUUCUGGCCAUAAUUUGUAGUUUUAGGCAUUAAAGGGUUAAAGACACAAAUUUCACUGGCUUUAGCAAAAUGUGACUGUAAAAGUCAGUACUCAGUUCAUAUCUCAGAUACAAAUGUGAAUUUAAAGACAUAAAGCAAAUAUUUAUGUUGAUUUAUCACGUCUCAGGUAGUGUAAAAGUAACUAUUUACCAUGUUUGAAUGCCAACAUGAGUACAAAGUUGAGUUGUUCUUCAAACCAGUUUAUUCUAAUUGAUCUAAUUAAAAGAUUUGUGAAGGAAUGUCUUAGAAUAGGGUUGAAGAAUUAAUCUCAUUAUUACUUUUUUUUAAUCUAAUCUUAAUCUGUUUUGCCAGAGUGUCCUGGGCCAAGGUAAGGCAGCAGCAUAGUUUAGGUUUCUGAUAAAUACAGAGCCGUGUAUAUACAAACAUAAUACAAAAGGUAAUUAUGGGACAUUAAAAAGCACAAACAAGCAAGUUAAACACAAACAUAGAUAAUAGAGAUAGACCAAUUUAUCAAUUGGCUGAUAAAUUGGACUGAUUAAAGGCAUUUUGAGAAAAUCUUUAUCAGCCAAAGCCUGUACUCAUGAGUCUGAUUGAAGAAUAAACAGAUAAUGUCUGCAGACACUGCAGGCAGCAUCAUACGUGUGGCUGCUGUCCAGCAACAUUAAGUAAAAACAGGUUUUCCCUAUCCUAAAUGACAGCAUUUAACACUUCAGGCAGAUUUUUGAUAUUCAGUUUUCGUGUAAAGAAUAAUGAUAAAGUUUAGUGUUGCUUCUGGCUUGAAUACCAGCCAUGUCCUGAAAACAAAAACAUAAGUAUGUUUCUACAUCAUGAAUGAUUUAAAAGACCAUCUACAACAUGUGCAUGGAAUAAUGCAUAUGUCCAGUGUUUAUAAGCCAUGAGAGGUGUGAGUGUGAUUAUGCAUGCAGAACACAAAAGUAAAGCAGAGACAAAGUCCUCUGUAUGCCCUCAGAGGAAGUAUUGUGUUUUAUGACAAGUGAUAGUCAAACCGCCAUGAUGCGGUUCAAACGAGACUGGCAGCCGAAGCUGAAGAGCUCAAUAGACAAAUGAGUCGUGCACAAAGAGGAGGUCGACAGGGUUAAGUGUGCCAUCCCGUCUAAUUCCUGUGUGUAAUCAGACACCCGUAACAGACCCUAUUGUGACAUCCUGUUAUCUCACAGACAAAUGCUGGAGGAAAUCAAAUCUGGGUUGGAAAAAAACACACUUUCAGAGGUCUGCAGUGCUGCAGACGAACCUGAUGUGUCAUUAAUGAGGAUGACAAACAAACAUGGUGUAGUGCCACACUAAACCAUUCGAUUGAGAUUCUGGUUUUCUGUUAACUGUAAUCAACAAGUCUCAGGUUACUCCUGCUGAAGGCAAACUGAGCCUCUGUUUUUAGAAGCGGAGCUGCUUUGUCUGGAAUUAAUUCAGUGUGUCUGUGCUCUUCACUGUCGGACUUGUUUCUGCAGACUGAUCUCGGCCUACAACAGCCUCACAGACAAACAUCUGGCCGGAUACUUCAGCAACACUCGCAUCAGGAGGCACCUGCAGAGAGCUGGACUGGUAUGUGGUGGAGAAGAGGGAUGAUGAUGAUCACGGUGAUGAUGAUGAUGAUGACACUAAUAUUGUGGUUGGGAAUUUGAAGAGUCCUUAAAUGGACUCUGCUGAAUUGAAAAUAACAACCUGGAUGACUGAUUCUGACAUAUGUGACACUGAAUAGAUAAUCGUAUUUGUGUUAAAACCAGAUAUGAUGGAGUUAUGGUUUUGAUGGGGUGGUUUUAUGAUUUGGGUGAAGAUGAAGAUGAAUGCAUCUUUAAAAAAAUAUCAGUCAAGAAGUUCUUCAGAAGAUUUGUUUUGCUAUUUUUUGCUAAUUUUCUCACAUCCUGCCUCUAUGAGCUAAAAUCUAAAGAUAGUUUGACUGCCAACGUUAACAGUAUUUAUCAUUUCAGGCUAGGGCUGGGUGACAAACCGAAAAUUUACCGAAACCAAAAUUUAUGACAAUAACUGACGUCAUUUUGCCCAUGUCAAUAAAUUUAGUGUCAAAAAAAAAAAAAGUUGGUUUUGGAUGUGUGUGGGUAUGCAUGUCCCUUAAAGAUGCCGUCCUCCGUCAGGGACGUGACUCCACACCAUCCAGUUGGUAACAAAGAGGGAAAGACAGGUGAGGAGAUGGAGGAUGGUUCACGAGUUGUAGUGGCUGAAGUAGAUGAAGUUAAUGUGGGAGGGGGUGAGCAGCUUGUGGAGUAGUUAUCGUUCAUUUAUCGUUAUCAAGGUGAACAGCUCAAUAUAUCGUGAUAUUGAUUUGAGGCCAUAUUGCCCAGCCCUAUUUCAGGCAUAUAAUCACUCAGAAAGACUGUUAACAUUGAAAUGUAAGAAUACUUUCCAACUGAAACUUGUUUUUUGCACACAUCUACAUCAAAUACUAUGAAAAAAAAAAUUGUUUCAUUUAGAGCAGAUAAAAUACUUUCAUCACAAUAUGUCAUUCCCUUUAUUGAACUGAUAAAACUCAGCUAAUCUACGUCAGUAAGAAUAACAAGGUUAGAUUGAGAGCAUCGUCAGUGUUGUCAACAUUCAAUUAAGUUUAUGACUUAACCUGAAUCUGAACUUGGGAACCAGAUAUGUCCAACUGAAGCCAAACAAAAGCUGAUUAUCCAAUAUUUGGUGGGUAAACUUCAUCGAUGAUUUAAGAAUUUUUAACAGUAACCAAGACUGGCUGGCUCUUGCUGAUGUGGACAGAAACAUUGUGUUGGUUCAAUGAACAUAUCAAUCUAAGUUCACCCUCCUCCUGCACACCUGUCACACAUUCUGGUGUGCAGAAAUUUUUCUUUAUAAUUUUACCUCCUGGAAAUAGAAAGUAGUUUCAUUUUUAAACCGGCUCAGACUAAUUUUACAUUUGCAUCCUGACAUUUGUAUAAAAGGACAGUACAUAACACUUUUGUUUACAUAUGAGCUGUACUCACUAUGUUAAUGUAGGUACUUGUCAACUGUUGAGGAAGCUGUUUGAGGAAACUUAAUGUAAGGUGUUGUUGUCAGAUCACCAGGAGCGGGCGCAUUGUUUCAGAUAAGGAGUACAGACACAAGCUGAUCCAGAGAGCCCACCAGAGACAUGUCCGAGAGUGCCUGGCUCAGGCCAUCUUCCACAAGGUCCUGGAGAUGGAGGUGGGAGAAGAGCAGAGUAUCAGAGGAAACCAAACAAUGUUACUUGAACUGUGAGUGUCAGUGUAUAAUGUGUGAUGCUAAUUGGAUCGAUGCCCCUCCCAUGCAGCGUGUCCAUCAUAUUGAGAUCAAAAGGAAACUGGAGGAGUUUGCAAGGAGGGAACGAGUGCACAAGAUCAAGGUACUUCAUUUACAUUUGAACACUGCUUUGUUGCUCUACUUGUCAAUUCAUGACUUGUGAAUUUACUGACAGGAAGGGUUGUGGCAUCAGCCUUCAUUUCAUACAUUCAAUUUUGAGUCUAUUUUCCAUCCAUUAAAACAAAAUCCUGGAUAGUGUGAGUUUUCCCACUUCAGAUGUUUUCUUUUGAUGUUUUUUUUUGUUUUUUUUUUGAAGGUGGAGCGCUCUAAAAGAUAUGAAGAAGACCUCAUUCGCAUCCUGACUCCGCGCCCACCCACAGGUGCCAGGGGCAUUCGGAAACAGCACUCUGGGCCAGAAGGGGAGCACUCUGAAUCCUCUGAGUCUGUAAGGAAGGAUCCAUCUCUGUUAUAUUACCUUUAAUACGUAUGUAAAUCUCAGAGGCACCCCUUAGGCCAAUCAGGAACAUCACUGAUCCACUUUGUUAAUCAAGUACCUUGACCUUUAAUUAUAGCUUCUACAUUAUGCAAAGGAGGUUUUUCAAAUGCCACAACACAGUUAAGAAUGGUCUCUGAAACAUCAGAUCUGAGUUAAAUACCUCAACUUUUAGAUAAAAAGCUUUCAUCAGUCAGUUUGAGAUGAAAAGGUCAAUCAAAGCUGUGCUUUAAAAGAUGCAAAUAUGAGGCUUCAUUUAAAGUGUAGUUCUGUCAUCAGUGAGGAUACAAAAUGAAUCCAGAUCCAUCAGCUCUAGUCACAGACCUGAUGAGUAAGAUAUUAGGACCGUGUUUAAAUGUUGAUUUUUGACUAAAAAUGACUUUAAAAAACACUUUUGUUUGUUGUCCUAAUGAGAAGUAUGCAGGUCAGCCAGUCUGUCACUGUGUAGAGACAUCAACCCUCAGAGUUGUGUAACAAUCAAAUGGUGAAAACAAUAAGAUUUUGACUUCAGUACACAAAAAUAAUGAUAUUUUUCACACACCUCUGGAGUCGUAUCAUUGUCUGCGCAUGCUGAUUGUUAGCAUGUUUGUAAUUCAUACUUACAUUUGAAGGGCGGUCUCAGCUUCUUUUUGGGUUUGGAUUUUUACUGUGAUCACGAACAUCUUUGAAACCUGAAAAACCAUCAAUUGCUCAUUUAGGGGUGCCAGAGAUUUUCUGUGUAUCAAUACACAGAGUUUGCUAUAAACUAAGUUCUGACUAUGUGUGUGUGUGUGUGUGUGUGUGUGUGUGUGUGUGUGUGUGUGUGUGUGUGUGUGUGUGUGUGUGUCUGUCUCAGCCCGGCUCGUCUCGUCCCAAUACGGCUCCAGGGAAGAUGCAGAGGCCAGUGCGUCUAAAACCAAUCCACAGUAACAGCACCACAGCUUCGCUCAGACACAGCUCCCCUUACAGACUCCAGGAGUCGUCCAAUGAGAACAACCAGCCGUUCAACUGCACUGUAAGAUGGUGACACAUGAGACGCACACACACGCAUAUUCAUUCACCCAUGACUGUCUGCACCGGUGUCCAGAGUGUGGGGUGCAGUUUAGGUUUUUUCAAUUUGGGUAAAGUUACGAGAGUGAGACCUUUUUUUUUUAAAUAUACCAUGAUCAGGUCGUUCUAACUUAAAGGGAUAUUCUGAUGUAAAAUUAAGUUAGGGUCAAACACACCGUAACACCAAGUUGGACACCUCCUCGAGAGAUGAAUGUUGCCGACCACUUGCUUCUCUAGUUAUACCAACUUAAGUAACGACCGCACCAUAGCAAUACACAGCGGUCUUAGAGGCCAUAAACAAACCUCAACCAAAAAGCCACUCUAUAGCCACAAAUAAUGCUCAGAACAGCACCUAACUUCAUCAACAGUACAUAUAGGGUCCCAGCCAUAGUACUAACCACCAAACAUCUUUUUAACUUUAACUGAUUUCUUUGGCAAAGAGACUAAACACAACCCACCUACUCUCCUCCAGCAGCUGUUUGGUCGUAGCGAGACCUCAGGCCAGUUCAUUACAGACUGCUGCGGGGUGACACAGCUCAAGGAAGAACAUUUAUGAUCAUCACUUCGUGGAAAUGCAAUCAGAUCGAGACGCUAAGGCAGAAGAACUACUGCGUCUGCAGUGCAAGAUGGUUGAUAUGAUGAUUAUUACUUCAAGGAAAUGAUAAAGAAAUGAUCAUAAAUGUUUUUCCUUGAGCUGCAUCACCCCGAGCGGCUGCUGGAAGAGAGUAGGUAGUACGGUGUGUUUGACCCUAACUUAAUUUUACACCGGAAUAUCCCUUUAAGUAUGCAGUUUUUUAUUUAUUUCUGUUUCAUAAAUGUCCAUCCAUACUAAGAUGAACACAAACAUCUAUUCUUUUCACAGCAUGCUGCUCACAGAGUUUAAUUCACCCCUGCUGCACCAGGGUCACGUUCAGCUCUGCUCCUUGUUAACUCCUCUCCCUCAGGUGUACAGGGAAUCUCGCAGACGCUUCAACACGACAGAAGCCCCCCAUGGUAUCUCACCCUACUGCCUUCCAGUCAUCAACAACUUUGUCACCCCUGUGCCUCCACCCACCAAGAGGAAAGAAAGGGGGUUAAAGGUCAAUCCGAGCAGCACGCUCAGAGGCCGUAGGCUGCGUCCCACCACUGCAUCCAGUGGAGCUGAUAUCACUGAGGUAUUCAGAGAUGGUGGCUAAAACAGAGGCUUAAAUAAUGUUUUUUGUUAUAAAAAUCAUGUAAAGCUUUUCAAGAAUUAUCAGAAUGAAAGUAUAGAGUCUGAAAAAAAAACGAUAUCCCUUCUUUAAUAUUUAGUUGAGAUACAUUCAUUUUCAUGUGGCCUGGCAUAAAAAGGUAACAAUAGACAAACUUAUAUUUCAGUUUGUGUUUCAAAGUUAUUUUGUUUUUAUUUUUAACAACCCUGACCUUUGCAUUUACUUUAUUUCAAGUCACAGUCGAUCAGGAUGAGCAGGAUAUUUACAUAUAUAACCUGAUGAGCUAUGCUCUUUUUUCCAUCCAGGACCCUCCCAUGUUGAGGAGCUCUGUGCACCAGAGUAAAGUGUGUAUCAGCAUGAUGUACUUUGGCAAAUCGGUCCAUCUCUGCCACGACCUGACUGACAUGAGGGACGAGGUCAAAGUGUUUCAGCAGCACUGCGGAGGAGAGAACCUGUGCGUUUAUAAGGGAAAGCUCGGAGAGGGAGGUCAGUGUGACGAUCUGCUCCUGUGUUUACGCUCUAGAUUAACAUGCUUUAUUCAUGACAACAACCACAAGUGAACAGCUUUAAAUACGGCGGCUCACACUUUGCUUGGACUGCGUCUUUGAGGGUGUUUCAUUUGCUGCUCAUUGUGCCAAGAAAACUGGUGUUUGUUUUAGUGUGAAUCAGAAUCACAGCAGAGACCACCUCCCUCAUGAGGAGAGAGAUUUUUGACACUCAAACUCAUUGUUGCUUUGGUAACAGAAACAAGGCUAUCUUAAAAUAUGGUCUAGGAAACAUUUACCUGCUGCACGUAGCUAAAAAAAAAAAAAAAAGCGUCUUUCUAUGUGAUCCAGACCUACACUGAGAUGAUAUCUGAUCUCAGGACGCAUGCUGAAACAAGUGAAAACAAGACCUGAGCUUGUUUGUUUGUACACACACAUAAAGCACUAAUGCUAGAAAGGAGUCAGCAGGUCUAGAAAUAACUCUAUUAUCUAUGUAUCUGUAACUUGUUCUUCCUAAUAUGAAUCAUUUUGAUGAAAAUUACCCAUUUUCUGGAGUAUGCAAGGAUGCUUCACCAGGUUAUUCUGCAAUACCAGGGUCACAGACUCACCUCCAUCCCAAAUCUUUCCCCCCAGAGACUUUCCAGUUCGUCUCAAAGCGGCACAGAGGGUUCCCCUUCAGUUUGACUUUCUUCCUGAAUGGGCUUCAGGUUGAGAGGCUGAGCUCCUGCUGCGAGUUCAAACACAGGAAAGGCUCCAGACUCGGUGGCAGGCACGGACACUUUGGCAUCUGUAGCGUAGAGGGCGCCUCUCCCUGUUACAAGUAAGGUCUCUUUUUGAAGGCUGAAGUAAUAAAUCACAGAUGGAAAACAUCAAAGUCAGUUGGAUAGAGAAUUCCUGCAUGUGUCAAAAAGUUGUACAAUUAUUCAGCUACUCCAAAAGAAGCAAAAUGUACAUUUUUGUAAGAAUAAUGUUCCUUCUCAGUCAAAGCUUAAAGGGACAUUCCAGUGUAAAAUUAACCAGUAACACUUUACAGUAACCAUAACUUAUAAAUGGUAAAAAGAACAUUUAUAAAUGGUAAGAAAAUAAUUUAUUAAUGUUUAAUCAUCAUUUAUAAACAGCAUAUAGACUAUUAAAAAAAUGUAAAUUUUACAAUUUUAAAAACCUAACCCUAACCCUAACUUUACAAUAACCAUCUAAAUAAUGUUUAUAGGUGGUUUAUGAACCAAAUAUUAACCAUUUACAAAGUGGUACUGACACACAUUUUAAACUAGAUGUUUUACAACCAAUAUUUAAACCCUAUAUAAACCUUUCAUAAAUAGUCCAUUGAUUAUUAAUGAAAAUUACUUAUCAUAAUUUCAUUGCUCGUUAAUGGUAAAGUAACUAUUAACUUACAUUAAUAAACUAUUUAUUUAACAUUUAUAAAUUAUGGUUAUUGUAAAGUGUUACCGAUUAAUUUAGGGUUAAACACACCGUAACACCAAGUUGGACACCCCCUCGAGAGAUGAAUGUUGCCGACCGCUUGCUUCUCCAGCAACUUCUUUAGUAACGACCACACCAUAGCAAUACACAGCUAUCUGAAGAGCCAUAAACAAACCUCAACCAAAAAGUCACUCUAUAGCCACAAAUAAUGCUCAGAACAGCACCUAACUUCAUCAACAGUACAUAUAGGGUCCCAGCCACAGCACUAGCCACCAAACAUCUUUUUAACUUUGCCUGAUUUCUUUCGCAAAGAGACUAAACACAACUCACCUACUCUCUUCAAGCAGCCACUUGUUUGUAGCAAGACCUCGGGCCAGUCCAUUAUGGAAUACAGCGGGGUGACGCAGCUCAAGGAAGAACAUUUAUGAUCAUUUCCUCAUGGAGUCUAACUCGGUGUUACAGUGUGUUUGACCCAAACUUGAUUUUAUGCCGGAAUAUCCCUUUAAGUUUACAGCUUCAGAGAAAGAAAUAAGUGUGAUGUGGAUGCCUAACGUGGGUGUUGGCAGAAUAAUCAAUGAUGCUUUUUCUUUUUUUUUGGCAAAAUGUUCAGUUAUAUAUUUAAAAUAUUUGCAUUUGUUCAUUGUUUUUUUUUUUUUUUAGAUGCAUAAUUGCAAUGGGAUUAGACAAAAAACCCUCUCCUCCUCCAAAGAGGGUCAGAGAGGACAGAGGGAGAGAGGAGUUAGUCAUCAUCCCUAAAGCAGUCCCUGAGAUAGAGAGGACAGAGAGGACCGGGUCCCAUUCAGAGCUUGAGACCAGCCAACCGCAGCAGGACAGGGAGACACAAGUGAAAGAAGAACCAGCGGCGGAGGAGGACAAAGUCAGAGACGGUACAACGAUUCAACAAUCUGAGCAGGAAAAACACUUCAAAACUAUUUUUCAUACAGAGUGUUUUAACAUAAGUGUUCAUCAGAUUACGAGGAGGACUUUGAAGCAGACGAUGAAGAUCCUGCAGAGGAAACAAGAGGAAAGAAAUCAGCGUCUCCUCCACCUGUUGUUAGAAAAGUCAAAGAAGCCUCUGAGACGGAUGAAGAUGGUGAGAACUUAACUAUUAUUGAUUGAAAAACGGCUUUCAAAAGAUAAACAAAAUCACUACAUCUGAAAGCACUCAAAUAUGCCAAACUGAGGUUUCUCUGAAUCACUUUUAUAAACAUUUUAUCCAACAUGCCAGGUUAGCCAGCAGAUCUCUAUUUAUGUUGUGUUUGGUGUUAAGAGUGAGAUUUUUUCACUUCAAGUUUUUUAAUUUAUCUUUGAACAGACGACAUCAAGUCACGUUCAGGUUCCAGCUUGUCAGCGAGUGACCAGGAGGAGAGUGAGUCUGAGGCAGCCAAAGAAGAAAAGAAAGCAGAGCAACCCAAAGAGGUAGAUGAAAAGGAAACUGCUGCUCCAGCAGACAAGAAAGACGAACCCCAACCUGAGGACACCUCCACCGCUGAGGUAGAGUCAGCUGCACCUAAAGACUCAGAUGUGCUGAACAGUGCGGGGGAGAGCACAGAGAUAGACAUCUCUGACACCAGCGCCCCAUCAGGGAACGAGAAUAAAGAGAGGGAUGACACCUCGGGGGAGAAAACAGUAAAUGAGAGCAAACAGGAGGAGGAACAGGAGAGAGGUGGGUAUGAACGUACAGAUACAGGUGUGGAGCUUUCACCUGAGUGAGAUCCAUCCUGUAUGGAGGUUUUUCCACUGUAAUAAAAAGCAGACCUUUAGUCAAGACCACUUCAUUUGAGUCAGCGUCCACACCAGGUCAGGUGGGACAUUUUCUUGGUCAAAGUGCAGUCAAAAUGUGUCAGUUUGUAAUUUUCAAAAUGACAUUAAGAUUAUAAAAUAUUUCAAAGUGGAAAAACAACUUGCCUGUUGUGUGUGUUUUUUUCUUUUUAUUCUGCUUUUGUGUGUACCUGAUGAUCUUUUCUUCAGUUUUUUUGGGAGUAAAACUUUUUUAGUUUAUGUGUGUUUAACAGUUUUAUUAAGAUAAACACGGUGAGAAUCAAAUUAACACAAUUAACAUAAAUAAAAUAUACAAAUUAGCUUAAGUUGAAUCAGAAGUGGAUGGCACUACUACUGAUUAAGAUGUGUACUAGUAAUAUAUAUAUGUUUAUACUUCUCAUCUGAGUCCUGUUUCAAAAUAGAGGAGGAAUUUUGCAGCUUUAAAGAUCUUGUUCAAAUCAGCCACAAAAUUUAUUCAAUUAAAUCUACGACUUCAAUUCUUUCUCAUUUUUUUUGAAUAAAAACUCAGAAAAUAUGUAAAUUGUCUGAUGAAUGAAACUAGGUUUAAAGGUGAAAAAAAGCAUUUUUCCAAACAGUACCAUUGUUAUUCAUUAGUACAAGAUGCUUAAGUGCGCAAGUUAAAUGCUUUUUACUUCAGUUUUUUCAGUCACCUACAUUUUUCCAUGUUCUCAGAGCACAUUUGAUAUAAAACAGGACCUCUUCAUCUCAUAGGUUUUCAGUGUAUUCCUAUUUUGUUGUGUUUGUGAGUUUAUUUUCUUUUCUCUAUGCAUGUUUUUGACUUUUUGCAUGUUGUGUUGCUUGUUCAUGUUUGUACCAGAAAAAUUAAAGACGUUUUUUUCAUUUCAGUUUGUUUCUCAUAUGUUUGCAUUUGCAUCAUCCAAACAUGGUUUUAUUCACUGUUGCGUUCGGACGUCAUCAGGGGGGUCAGUCUGCUUGUUCAAACAUGAUCCUAUUGUCAGAGUUUUGUGUGAUUUCUUCUCCUUUCAAAGCCAAAUCUGUGCAGGAGAAGCUUGCAGAAGCAAUACUGAAGGAGUCCCAGUGCAGCUCUGAGCCUGAACUGAGUGACACCAGCACUGAUGACACAGUGGAGUCCACUGGUAAAGGCCAGACCGGUAAAUAAACAACAUCUACAAACAAUAUCACUUUGUUUGAAAUACAUAUUUGCUUAAAUGGUUUUUGUUAAUGUAUCUGCAGAUGCAGAGAAACUAGUGAAAACGACAGAACAGCAAAAGACUGUGGAAGAGGAGAGGACAUGUGUGGAAGAUGUUGCUCUGGUUGUGGCUGCCGCUGUGGCUUUGGCUGUACUGGACCAGGAAGAGACAUCUGAGCAAAAACAACCUGAAGAGAUUGAGCAAGAACCUGGUGUGAAUAUUGAUGCUAGUAAAAACGAGGAGGUCAAAGUUAAUGAGGAAGAUGAAAAGGUUGAAUUAGAGGAGGACAAAACUUCAGCAGAGAAUAAUAGAUUAGAGGAGAAAAUAGAAGAUAUAGGUGCUGCUCUGCUUGUCUUGUCUACACUGGAAAUGGAUGAGGAUAAGACUCCACAGGCUCAAGAAGACUCAACGAGUAAACCCACCGAUGCUUCAGAGAAAAUGGAGGAAAAUGAGGAGAAGGCAGCAGAGGACGCCGACAUACAUCCCCAAGAGACAGGGCAAGGGGCAAAAAGCAGCGAGGAGGAUGAGUCAUCAGUAUCAGAGCCGAAUAAAAAGACUGAUGAGACAGCAGUGACAGAUAAUGCGGAGGCGGAGGCGAUGACAGCAAGCGAGAUAAUGGAGAUGAAAGCAGAGCCCUCAGAGGAGCGAGAGGCUCUCAGCUGUGAAGAGGCACCUGUAACCAGGACAGAGACGAGUCAGACGGCCGACGGCAAGGACGGACCUGCAGGAUCAGAAACUGAAGUCGCAGUGGGGAGCGGAGACAACACCGAUGAAAAAACUGCAGAUACAAGUGAUGACAAUGCAAAAGAGGAGAGUGUUACAGAUAUUAAAGAGGAGGUAGUGUCAGCAGUAGAGGCUAGUAAGGAUGAAAACCAAGAAAAAGGAGAUCUGAGGGAUGAGAAGACAGACAAAUCUGAUAAGACAGAGGGCGAAUUUGAAGAAGGCAAAGAGGAGGAAAAGCAAACACAUGUAGAUGAGACAACAGAGGGCAAACCUGAGGAAAGCAAAGUGAACGAUAAAGCCGAAACAGAAGAGGAGACUGAUGAGGGUGAGGCAAAAGAAAAGAUGGAAAACACUUCAAAUGAAGAGCAAGCUGAGAAAAGCCACAGUGAGGAGAAAGGAGUGGAGAAGGUGGAGAAGACGGAUGAUGUUGAGGAUAGUGACGGUGUCAGGAAUAAAGAUGAGGAAGAGGAGUGGAUCGAAAAAGCAGCUGCAGCUGUUUUGAUAGCUAACGCAAUCACAGCCACUGAUGAAACAAAAACAGAGACGAUAAAUCAGACGGAGAACAAAACGGGUCAAAGUGGAACUACAGAGACUCCAGAUCAUGAAGAAACUCAUGAGAAAAAGGUUGUGACGUACACCACAGUGGAGGUCAAAGAAAAAAAAGAGAAAGUAGAAGAAGUAGAGCAACAAAAGACAGAUGCAGACAAAAAUGAAGAAAAUGUGAAGGACUCAGAGGAAAAUACUGAAACAGAGGAUGCGGUUAAUGUUGCGCUCGCGGCUUUAACGACAGCAGGGAUGCUAAACUCGAUAGAGGCUGAAGAUGUGGCGAAGAAAACUGAAGAGGGAGGCAACAACAGUGAAAAGGGAGACAUUAAUGCUGAAAAUGGAGAGAUCGCCACCGAAGCAGAGAGCAGGUGUCAGGAAGAUGAUGGUGAAGCUCAAACUAAGGGAGAAGAUGAUGUAAAAACAGCAGAGCAAAUAGAAAAUGAGGUGAAAUCAGAAGAACUGAUGGAGGACAAAACAACCGAACAGACUAGAGGCGAUGCUGAAAAACAGGAGACGACUUCAGACAGUGCUGUGGCUGAAACUGAAGCUAAGGAGGAGGAUGAUAACAUGGAAAAUCAAGAUCAACCUGGUCAAAACGACUCAGAGCUGCAGAAAUCCAGGACAGAUCUGAAAGAGGGAUCAGAAACGAACAAGGAGGAAACAAAAGACGAGAACGAUAACUUAUCAGAGCCUGAUUAUGAAAACAGAGAGACCAAGACGAGCGACAACGCUGAGGAAAAUAUCCACGAGGUGUUGGUCGUCUCUUCAUCUGAUCAGGUCCAGCCUACAACACCCACAGAUGAAGACUCAGACAUUACACCUCUGAAGCUUGAAAGGUCUGCCGUGCUCUCUGACAGUCACACCAACAAACACUCAAACACCGAUGACAACACUGCUGCAGAAAACAGAGAAAACGGAGACACAGAAGAGGCCAGCAAGGCAUCCGAGGAAGGAGCCAGCGUCCUGCUCAAACCUCAAGCUCAGUCCGAACAACCUCUGCAAGAAAAUGAGGGUGAGAAAACAGAAGAGAAAGCAGCAGUCGUCGAAGAAACCGCAGAAGUUUUAGCGAGAGAAGAUCUAGUCACAAACUGGGUAACCGUGCAUCAGACGUCUAAGUUUUUUGAGACGUUUGUUGAACCUUUGGAGGACUUGAAAGAAUCGACUCCAGAGGCCAGCCCCAAGGAAGAAGUGACACCAUCCACAGAGCUGCAGAGUCAGUCAGUGAGCCCCCUUCAGAUGUCUAAAACUGAAGAUCAGGUGCACACACCUAAAGAUAUGGCUGAGUCAGUAGAAGAAAACAAAGAGGAAACGGAGGUGUUGGAGGUCACCCGCGAUCGCCCUGAAGAUGGUGAACUAUGUGAAAAGGAUCAACAAAAGGAUGAAGUGCAUGUAGUGGAAAAAACUGAGGUUCAAGGCUUUAAUCUGGGAACAGAGAGUGAACAAACUGAGCCUGCUAUUGGGCAGGAAAUGAAGUCUGAAGAUCUCAAAGAGGGUUCUGGAGCUCUGGAAGAAGACAAAGUUCAAGAGCUUACAACGCAGGAUAACACUGAUCAGGCAGAUGUUUCAAAAACUGAUGUGGAAAGCAUCAUAGGUGGUGAUUUUUUAGUAACCAGUGGAAGACCUGAGAGCAUCCCUGAGAACCAAGCUGAAGAAAAAAACACUCAUGAUGCUGCAGAAACGAGUGAAAAACUAACAACUGUAGAAGAAGCGAAUGAGCUACUCGUGUCCGAGACAGAAAAGCAGCAGGAGUACUUAGAGAGCUCAGAAUCCAAAGACAGAGACGAAAUGUUGGAUAAAAGUCAGGAAGUUACGCAAAUAAGCGAGUUUACAGAGUCCAGAUCAGACGAUGGAAGCCAGAAGGAGUCACGCCAUGAAGAGACCGAACCAAAACUGUCAGAUACAAACGUCAACGAAGAGAGGAGAGACAUGCAGCUGAUCCAAGACAUCAAAGACUCUCUGAGUAAAGAACGAGUGAGCACUUUCUCAGUGGAUGAAACGCUGUUUGGUGCGAGUACAUACCCUUUACUGGCAGCUGGGAGGACCGAGAGUGGACAUUAGAGUGAAGGUACAGUGAUGCUUGACUUACUUUUUUAAAACUUCAACACAAAAGAAACAGAUAUUGGAGAUAUGGUUUUAGUUUUUUUUAAGGAGGCCCCGUGGUUUUCUGUGUUUACAUCCCGAUGACUCCUUAAAUAGUCUCCAUCAGUCAGUCACUGAACAGCAGCUUCAUAAUGAGUUUUGACAGCUACACAAAAUGUUUACAAUAGGCCGUCUCUUCUUUUCGUCGCUCACAGAGAGGCCUCACACGGUUUCUGUGGGGUAUCAAGUGCAGCUGCUAUCAUCUAUUACAUGUAAACAGACACUCCCUCCACUCACGCUCACAAAUGAUUCAAUAAUUCAUAGUUGUCGAACUCCCGCAGCUUAGUUGGCACACUUUGUGUUUCCACUGACUGUGCACAAGCAUGGCGUUAUAGUGCCUUAGCUGUUUUCAGAGAUGUCUGUGCUGAUGUAAAUUGUGGUGUUUCGCUGCCUAAACAUGAUUAUUUUAAAAUAUUGUAUCCAAAAUUUAAAGACCCACUCCGAUGGAAACCAUGUUUUUCUUGUUUUUUAUAUGUUCAUAGGGCAUUUUUCGGAUGCUACAGGACAUAUAUAAUGAGAAAACUAAAUGCAAAAUUGCUUUUCUUAGUAUUUCUUCAUCCUAAUCUCUGAAUCUCUGGCAGACCCAAACAGCAGGUUCAGAAACAGUGAGAUUUCAUAUGUAACAAAUCCAAGCUCCGCCCCCGGAGCCCUGCUAAAGAUAAGACACUCCUUUACUAGUUCCACAAGGGGAAAUUUCCUUUUUUUUUUAUAAGAAGUGCAGGCCACACUCUGUAUAUAGAGGAGAAAUACAGAGGACAAUCGCGGAACAAGCGUGUGCGUUAGCGGAUUGUAAUGUUCGUAAGAAAGCUAAUUACGAUAUUAGCUUUCAAUGUGUUCCUAAAGACAUUAGUGUCUGAGAGCUGAACAGUUCCUAUGUUACCUGCCACUUCUACUUCACCGGCAAUGUUAGGCUGCAAACUAACGUGAAGACGAGUGUGCACAGCAGCGCUGUCUCCGCCCACGACUCAGAGGCGAAUUGCUAAUGAGCUACUGGAGCUCUGCAGAAGAAAAGCCCUUGAAAAUGACACAGGUAACGUGAUUUUUAGUAAAAACUUCAUAAUCACAAUAUAAAGACACUUUAAGAAGUAAAAAAAAAAUGACCGGUGUGGGACUUGCAGUAAACAGGCUGCUAUUUAAUUUAAAUCAAACUUUGUAAAUGUGACAUUUAGGCACUUAUUUGUGUCGUUAUUGCUGCUACUGCUACCUCCUUAUUCCAAAAUUCACUUCAGUUGUAUUUGUAUGAGAUUUUCACCUGAUUUAUAUCGCUUGCGUGGAUUUGUGAGGCUUUUUCUCCGCACUUGUUUUAUGUCAAGACUGCAAUGAAUGCUUGUGUGAUUUUGCUAAUUAAAAAAUAACAUACAUGAGGUAGAUUGUGACUUCGUUUUUUUUUUACUGGAUGAAAAGUUGCAGUGAUUGAAUAUCAGAACUGAUGCACGCAGUAAUUUUUUACAUUUUUAAGCUCUCAGAUUUAUGCAAACCAUGUACAUUAUGAUCAUUUUGAAACAGUAUUUACAAGUUUAGAUAAUACACAAAAAUAAUAAACCCAAGAUAGCCUGGACUGACCCUAACCCUAACUUACUGAAGUUUAAUUACCAAUCAUACUACCUCUAACAUCCGUCAGUAGAGCUGUAUUCAAAAUAAGCAGUCGAAAGCAGGCUGACUCAUAAAGGUAAUAAUAGCACAACAGUCUAGGAUCCCCUCUGAGGUUUAGUUACUGUCCUCAAAGCUGCCGCUGCUGCUGAAGGAAGAGCAGAAUCUCAUGGUGCUCAUAGGAUCAGACACGUAACCUGAAAUGGACACAAAAUAAAGACAACUGUGACAUUCAUGAUCGCUUAACACAAAUCUCUUGAAGCUGGUGAGGUUCUACUUGAAUCUCAAUGAAUAGAUCAGACCGAAAAGGUUGUUAAUUUGGCUCAUAUAUAUUAUCCCAGUGAAAAAAUUACUUGCUUGAACAGUAAAUGUGUUCAUCCUCUGCUGAAAUUAGUCUCCUACUUUUUGAUCAUGUUUCACAAACAAAUAAACAUCCAGUUGUGAGGACAGGAAUGAAUCUGUUUCUGAAUGAACCUGCAUAUUUAGAGCUGAGUAAUUGAAAAAUGGUUUUGGUCUCAACAUUUCAUUUUUUUUUACAAUAAGAAUACAAUAAGAACCAGUCUCACCUCAUUUUAACCAGUAAAAUAUGAUAUAAAACAGUCUGUAAUUUCUCUAAUAACCCAGCAGUUCAAUUCUGAUAUUAAUCUGGGCCACAUUGUCUAAAAUUAAACCUAACUGUGCAGUAUUAUGUGUGAUUUUUCCACUUCUACAUGCUGUGCUUUUACACGUUUUGUCUUAUUCUGCUGUUUUUCUUUUGUUGUUGUUGUUUUUUUUCUUCCUUUGUUUCGGACAAACUGAUUUUUGUCCUAUUUGUUUUCUCUCUCUUUAUUUCUUUUCUUCUCUGCUAUAUUAUGUUACAGAUCAAAUAUAAUGACUGAAUUCCCCCCUGUAACAUAUGAGCUGAUUUAACAUAUUUGUUUCUACACUGUUUCUCACAUAGAUUUUUUCAUAGCACCAUUGAUGAUCAAGUCAACUUGUAUUAGAUUGGUGAUAAAACAAAGAAAAACAUUAGUUUAAAAACAUAUCUAAAUGGCAAAGAGUAAGCUAUCCUACUAAAGUUCAACAAUGAGUAGCGUUCUCCUUAUCACUGAGCAUAAACUGAAGUGUUGAACUGCUUUAAAACACAGAAAAGUCAGACACUGUCACUCUGCUAACAAACCAUUUCUGUCGAUGGGAGAAAACUGCAUGUUUCUGCGGAGCUCCUCCAGUGAAAGGCCUCCAGAUGCUCUGCGUUGCUCACUGAAAAAUUAAAAACAUAACAUCAACCGUGACUCUCAUCCGCUGCUAAACAACUCUAGUUCAGAAAUAUAUACUGCUUUGUUUACAUGGAGAGAGGCAGAUAAGAUGGAGUCAAAUAGAGGCAGAAGAAACUUAAUAUGUAAUGUCCCACAUAAUACCUGCUGCUCUCACUUUCUGUGCAGGGGGGACUGUAUUCAACAUUAAUGACAGGUUUGAGGGGAUCAGCAGAGACACAAUGUGCAGUUCAUUACCACUUCAUAAAAGAAAGUUUUCGUUUUUAUCGAACAGCACUGAAAAUAUAAUAUAAUAUAAUAUAAUAUAAUAUAAUAUAAUAUAAUAGAAAUAUGCAUCUUUCAGGGAUAUGUACUCUACAUGCAGAAAUUUCUCAUCUGGUGUUUGACGGGGCACCGAGGGACUCCUGAAAAGUCAUUGCCACCCCACAAUAACCCACUGUCCUGUGACUGGUUUCAUAGAGACUGUUACCAAGCUAUGAGCCCCGUUACGCACACGCACAGACUCACAUAAACACACAAACACUGAGUCACAGUACACAGGCUCAAAGCCAGGCAUCUAAUGGAUACCUUCCUCCUCGUUCAGAAUGCCAUGCAUGUUUUAUUGGGUUUUCUUUCCUUUGUUUCCUGUUGGGUAUCCGAGCAACUCCACUCUUUACUGUAGUAACUGUUUAAACUGGUCUAGGAGUCGCAGACAAAACCAAUGUUCAGAGGAGGUUGAUCCUACAAAUUAGAUUCAGUUAAGACGUGAUGUUUGAGGUAAAUAACUGUCUAUGGGACACAGCCAAGCUAAAACAGAACCCUUAACCUUUUUUAAUCUAGUGCUUAGGUUGACUGAGUGUAUUUGCAUUGAAGAAAUAAGUAAUUUAAGUAAUUUUAAAGAUUCUGUGAGGAAUUUUUAACUAGCCAUAAAACAGACCAAAAUUAAAGCUCCUGUAAGUAGUUUUUAGCUGGUUAUGAAAUGGACUGAAAUGAAUGGUGAUGCCUCCUAAUGACCUGCAAAAAAUAACUUUAUACAGAUGACUUUCUCAUAAUAAGAGAGUAAAGGUAUUUAAAUAUAGCUCCAUAGACAUCUAUAUGUAGAUAUGUAGAUACUGUGUGCUUGUGCAGGUCUGCUGCUACAAUAUGUCUGUGUUCCCAUUAUAUUGAAAAUGACAUUAUAUUAUAUUAUAUUUUAAUAAAUUAUAUCAUAUUAUAUAUUUUAAUAAAUUAUAUCAUAUUAUAUCACAUAUAUUAUAUUAUAUUAUGUUAUAUUAUAUUUAAAUAACUUAUCAUAUCAUAUCAUAUCAUUUCAUAUAUUAUAUUAUAUUAUAUUAUAUUUUAUUAUAUUAUAUUAUAUUAUAUUAUAGGUGAAAUCUGGCCAUAGUGGAGCAAACUAUUCCCCCUCUCUCCAUCUUCACCUGUCUGUGGAGAUACUUGGGCUCUCGUACCUUUGACUCCAGAAGGCGUAUGCCCGAGUGUUCAGAGCAUACUCGAGCUCAAAGCGUGAGCGCAGGGCAGCUACGUGGCUCCGGCCGGGCCCUCCUCGUCCCAGCAGACAGUCAGAGGAGGAGGAGGGUGACAGGGAGCCGCUGCUGUUACUGGAGGCUGGAGACAUCAACUGCCACAAAAGCAACCGACAUAUGUUAUUCACUGCACUGUGAAAUAAAAUGAGAUUUAAAGCUAUGAACGAAAUCUACCUCAACGUUGCACAAGCAUUCCUCCAGGUUAGACACCACUUCAGAGAACUCAGGCCUGUCCUGAAUUAGGAGACAACAAAUAACACUCAUUUCUGCUCCAGUGCUGAACAAUCACAAGUAUUAGGCAUAUUCACCAAAAGACAGACAGUUAUUCCCCGAACAGUCUUUUAUGAGAAUGUGUUUGUUUUAUCCCACCCACACAUAAAACAGGGGUGAACUGCUUCAGAAACACUCCUCAGAUCUCUUGCCUCGCUGUGAAAGAACAAACGGUGCCACCCUGGUGCUGUUCAAUUAUACAUCACAUCCUCAGAGAGAGGUCAAGGCCUGCUUAUGUACCGCUUCAAAACAUGAGACAAAGACUACAAAAGCACAGGGAUAUUAUACAGUCAAGAUGAAAAUACUACAGAAAGACAGACUUUUACAAUCUUCUCAUUUUAAGCACUUUACCUUGUUUUCCUUUUCACAGAUUCUUAGAGAGUAAUCAGGUGUUUUUCUUACGAAAAUGUUAAUUUAUAAAUCAUGAGUGUGCUGAUUUUAGCUGUCAUGAAUAGAAACUGGGGAACUUAUAUGUGCAAACAAAGAUGUAUGCAAACUUUUAGGGCUGGGCGAUAAAACCAUAACAAUAUACACUGAAAAUUUAUUUCCCUCAACAUCAAUAUAAAACAUGGUCAAUAUGCUUUUCGAUAAGACUAUACGAAUAGCCAAUGAAAAGAGGAGUUGCUCCGGGUCCGCUUCGCGCUGAACCAAUCAUGCUGAAUUAGAACCAAGUAGCAAACAACGGCGUAGUAGCAGGCUGCAGCUACACGCAACCAUAGCACUUAAACAUGUGAAGCCGACAGCACUGUCAGUGAGAAAAAAAGAAAAUGAGUGCUACCCCCGGCAGAAAUGCAGAUGAAGACUCAACAGAUGAUGACAUUGUCGACAAGACUAGUACGAAAACGUCAGUGGUGUGGAGGUAUUUUGUUUUUUUGAGGUCGGACAUGAAGCAGAGUAAUGUGCACUGCAAAUUAUGUCGAGUACAUGUUCUCGCAAAGUCGGAGAAUACCUCAAAUCUUUUUCACCAUCUGAGGCAGUGUCAUGCAGCAGAGCACACACAAUGCACAAGGUUACAAACCCCGAGCAGAGAAAGGAGCCCAUGAUGACUGUGCAGCCCAAACAGC